ACACAAUCACUACAGGACUCCUCACGCUAUGAUACCACGGCGCAUUCCUGAAAAGACAAUUCACAGCAUGGCACUGAAAGAGAGACGUUCGCCAAAGGGCAAAUGUUGCAGUUGCCUGCAUCCCAAAAUCCCAUGGAUUUUUAACUGAACAAGAAAAGACACCCAACGAACAUCAAGUUUAAGCAUCUUAAGAAGAAGAGAAAAAUAGGAUAGCAAAGAUGCAGGGGGACCUGGGCUCCCAGAGGAGUUUCAGUGUGUUGGACCGCCUCCUCCACACACACCCUGUCUGGCUGCAGCUGUCAAUCAACGCUGACUCCGCCCUCUACAUCCUGCUCAGAGAACCUGUCGGGACGUUCCUGGUGCGUAAAUGCAGCUCGAGCCAGAGGAAGAUGUUGUGUGUCAGAGUGACAGCUGACAGAGCAGCGUCUUCCAUCAAGGAGUGUCUCAUUUGUGAAGAGGACUCAACCUUUGCCCUGGAGAGCUCCGCCCUCAGCUUCCCAGACCUCUGCCGAUUGGUGGCCUUCUACUGCAUCAGCAGGGAUGUGCUGCCUUUCCCUUUGGAGCUCCCAGAAGCCAUUGCUCAGGCCUCUUCCCACAGAAAGCUGGAGGCCAUCUCUCAUAUGGGAUUAGAGUUCUGGUGUUCGCUGUCUGACACCCAGAAUGGACCAGGGGACCUGCAGGCUCCACCCACCAUCAUUAAGGCCCCGCCCAGCACCACCAAGGCUCCACCCAUCAGUGCCACCCAGGUCAAGGCAGGUCUGUCCCAGGACCUGUGUUACCUGCUGUCCUGCGGCAGACAGGAGUCUCUCUGCUUCAUCAACCCACUCUUCCUACAGCUGGAGCAGCAGCAGCAGCCGCAGCAGCAGUCGACCCAGGGGGCGUCACACAAACGCCACCGCUUCAAACGCAGUAUGAGGGUCCGUGUCUCCACCGAGAGCUCCAUGACUCUGUCUGGUGGUGGUGGUGGUGGUGGGGGGGCUGGCUCGUUCCCUUCCUCGGUCCCAGAGGACCCCCAGGACCAGGAGAGGCUCCAGCCCACCCCCCUCCAGCCCAGUCCCAACCCACACAGGAAGGUCCAUCCUGGGGCUGGUGUCCUGAGGAGGACCCCUGCACUGUCCCCGACGUCGGCCGAGGAUGAGGAUCUCGUGCCAAUAAAUGUACCGCCACCGGUAAAGGCUCCAACAGAACCUCCGGUGGUGGAGGUAGAGGAGGACCCUCCUGCUCCAGAGGAGCCCAGCAUCGAGGAGGCGUGCCAGGCCUUGGAGGGCCGCCCGGCCCCCUCUCUGGCCGAACUGGACAGCAGCAGCUCCUUCAGCAGCCUGGAGGAAGAGGAACCAGAACCAGAGGACCAGUUCUUUAAACAACUAAACCCCAACCCCCAGUGCCGCCCGCCCAUGGUGCGCUCACGGGGGGGCCACGGAGGCCUGCACAGGAUGAGUGCAGCGUUUGUGUGUUUCUUCGCUCCAGAGAAGAGGCUCGCCAGGCUGGUGGAGGAGCUGUCCAGAGACCGGAGGUCUGUGUUUGGUUCCCUGGUCCAGGAGUUCAUCCAGAGACAGAAAGAGGAGCUGAGAGAGGUCCUGGCCCAGGCUGCCUCCUCAUCAUCGUCUUUCUCAUCGACGACCUCCGUGGGGGUGCUCCAGGGGCUGCGGCGCUUCCUGUCCCAGGCCAAUUGUUUCCUGCUGGACAGCGGAGAGCUGUCACCCCCCCUAGAGACCCUGGUGCCUGACAAUGAGAAAGACUUAGCCCUGGAGAAGGCCAUGUUUGGCUGUGUGCUGAAGCCUCUGAAGGUGCUGCUUGGCCAGGCCCUCCUCUCCCUCCACAGACAGGACGGCUCCACCCAGCGCCUGGCCUGCAGUCUCCUGGACUGCCAAGAGGGGGCGAUGGAGCGCCUUGGGGUGCUUGUGGGCGUGCCCGACACCCGCGGCGUGGAGAGGGUGAGGCAGAAGCUGGCGCUCAUGCAGCGCACCCACUCGCCCAUAGACAAGAUGCUGCUGCUUCUGCAGAUGUGCAAGGCGGUCCAGAAAGCCAUGGGGGCCCUCCACGAAGGUGGACAGGAAGUGAGCUCGGCGGACUUCCUGCCGGCGCUGUCUUAUGUGAUAGUGAUGUGUAACACACCUCAGAUCCUACUGGAGGUGGAGUACAUGAUGGAGCUGCUGGAGCCCUCCUGGCUCACUGGGGAGGGUGGGUACUACCUGACCAGCGUCUAUGCCAGCCUGUGUUUGAUCCAGAGCCCGGAGGUGGAGGGGGACCAAGUCCCCCCAGGAGGUCUGACUCGUGAGGCACAGGAUGGGCUGAGGGAGUGGGGCCGCAGACGCAGCCUGGAAGCCAAGAGCCACCAGGAGAGACAACAGAACCAGAGGUGCGUUCGGAUACUGUUCCAGGACGGCGAGCGCAGUGCUGUGCGGACGCUGCAGUGGAGAGCCGGCGAGAGCAGUGAGGCCCUGGCCCAGCUCUGUGCCUCCACCUUCGGCGUUUCCGAGCCCCAGGACUACAACCUCUACUGGAGGUCCGGGGGGGAAAUGAGGGCCCUUCCCCCCCAGGCACAGCCUAAGGACCUGGCCAGCCACAGCGAAGGAGGCCCCUCUCUCUCCUACCUCCGCACGGACCACGACUUCAGCAAGAUGCGGCGGCUGACCAGAGGGGGAGCUGUGGACCUGGGGGAGUCCGUGUGUGAGGAGUGAUUGAGGGAAGGAUGGAAGGAGAGAGGAAGAGGAAGAGAGGGAAGGGUUCUUCUCGGAUCUCAGCGUUUUUCGAUUGGUUGAUUGAUUAAAAAAGCUGUGUUGUGUCUUGGACGUGUUGUCAUAACUACAGCCCACACUAAAGACUAAGGGGCAAGUCUCAAAUGGCACCCUAUUCCAUAGUGGAGGUUUAAAGGUAGUGCACUGCACUACAUGUCUGUUGAAAGUAGUGCACUAUAUGGGGAAUAUGGUGCCAAAUGUAGUGCACUAUAUGGGGAAUAUUGUGCCAAAAGUAGUGCACUACAUGGAGAAUAGGGUGUCACUUGAUACAGCCUUAGAUAAAGGGCAGGUUGGUUGUCUAUUAUUCACAUCACUUCUGUGCAUCAGUCUGCUGCUCCUUGGUUGGAACCAUAGAAUUAGAAUGAAUUCUAUAAAUUCUAUGUCUAUGUUCGGAACCCUGUUAUUGAGG